AUAAAUAGAUCAUUCAAAGCGACAACUGAAAUCACGAGAAAACUGUAACAAUUACACAAUUCAUUGUUCAAUUGCCAACAUAGCCAACGAAGUUCAGGCAUAGUUCAGCAUACCACAAUGAUACGCCUGAUUCUUGGACUUUGCUUGAUAUCCAAAGCAGUUUAUGGCAAAUUCGACCCAAUAGCGUUUACGGUCUCCCAGUCAACAACAACAUUUUCUGGCGCUGCAACAAUACCAUACUCAGACAAUAUUACCAUCCACAAUGCGGCGACAAAUAUUCGCAAUGGCAUAUUUACCUGUCCACGAGAUGGUAUCUACAAGUUCAGUGUGUUUGGAUGCAGCGCGGUAAGCGGCCAUUUUGCUUUGGAUUUGUACAAAAGGAAUGUAUCUCUGGCCACCCUAUAUGGACACCUGAAUGGCGGACAGGUUGUUUCAGGAAACACAGUCAUUGUUCAACUAAAAGUUGGAGACACCGUUCAGGUUAAAUCAAAAAAUGCCGCUACGGUUUCUUUACAGAGUUCAAGUAAAGAAAAUACGUUUUCUGGUGUGCAACUUGGAUCGCAGGCUUUGUACUCUGGUGAUCACACAGUCGUCGCAUUCUCAGCAACAUCAAACCACCAUCAGAAUGUGAUGGGGAACAACAUUGUCCAGUACCAUACAAAACUGGUGGCCGAUGGCGGUGUUUUGGACCUGUUUACAGGGGUAUUCACAGUUCGUUCUAGUGGGUACUAUGUGCUACAUUUCGCAAGCACAUCGAUGCAAAACGAAGAGCUUUGGCUGGAUCUGUUUGUGAACGAGGACUACGUCUGUUCAAUAUAUGCCCGCGCUGACUUUGAAUGGGCCAGUGCGAGUAAUUCGGUAGUUUUGCAUUUGUCUGCUUGGGAUAAGGCCGGUGUGUUUUCCAGAGCUGGGCGCGUGAGUCGACUAUAUGGAUCAGCUGACUAUAUAUUCACAUCGUUUUCUGGAACCCAGAUCGUAUCGGAUGAGGAUUUGAACAACCCAGACACGGAACCUGUCGUCAUUUUCUCUGUUGGCCUUAGCAUGAAUGCAACCGUUCCUUCGGGGAAACCAGUUGUAUUCAACCGAGUGUUUGUUGAUUUGAAACGAGCAUUCAACCUCAACACUGGAGUGUUUGUUGUUCCCGUUACAGGGGUAUAUGAGUUUAACUACCAUUGCCUGGCACGAGCAAAUAGCUUCCUGAGUCUGGUACUUGUAAAAACGAACAGCUGGGUCAACGGUUUCUUCCACUUACGAAACACAGUCCAUCCCUUUUCUGCUGGUAACAGUGCGGUCCUUGAACUAACGGCAGGAGAAACGGUUUAUGUAAUGUCAGACUACACCUACAAUUACCUUGUUGGAGCAACAGAUGAAGUUUACUGCACGUUCUCCGGUUACUUGCUGCAUUCGUCAGGUCCAAUCGUUAUCGGCUAGAAGUCUACUGAUCUAUGAGCUGUAUAAUGCGAUUCAGUAAUUGGUGUUGGUAAUAUGAUUUUGAGUUUUUUAAAUGUCACUGUUGGCUGUAAAUUUUGAAUCCAUAAUAUAAACAAUAUCAUUAACAUGAUUAAA